GGUUGAGAGGGGGAUUGACCAUUUUUCUUUUUUGCUCCCUGGAGGGAAGGGUUUUCUGCUUUUCUGCUUUUCUCUUCUUUUCUUUUCUUUUGGGGAAGGAGGAGAGUAACCAGAGGGGGAGAGAGUUCUGGCCAUUGAAGUGCUCAAGCGUGAGAAAUUGCAGAGAGCUUCAAUUUUCAAGGAGACAGCUGGAGCUGGUCCGACUGGAGCAAGUUCGUCCAGAGCACCCCUUAGGAGGAGAAAAGCCCGGUGAUCUCCCGUAGAGCUUCUCGCACCCCAUCGCUGCCGAUUUCAGCAAAGUCCAUUUCACCAAACGAACCAGGUCAUCAUGUCGACUCCGACUCUCCACAUCAUUCUCUUCACUGUUCUUGCAAGCCUCUUCGUCUCCACUUGCUGCGACAAUCAGUCUCGGGAAGAUGUUGCUCUCUUCAUCUUUGGCGACUCCAUUAAUGACGCAGGGACCAACAACUACAUAAACACCACUGCUGGCUUCAGAGCAAAUUUUCCUCCUUAUGGGGAGACGUUUUUCCGCUAUCCCACUGGCGGAUUCUCCGAUGGUCGUCUUAUCGUCGAUUUUAUUGCUGAAUAUGCAAAUCUACCGCUGAUUCCACCAUAUCUCCAAAUAAAAGAUGAUGAAUUCAUGGGAGGGGCGAAUUUUGCAUCCGCUGGAGCUGGUGCUUUGGUCGACACUUAUGAAGGAUUUGUGGUGGAUUUGAAGACGCAGCUGAAGCAGCUUGAACAACUAGAGAAGAAGCUGAGGAAAGAGAUGGGGAGCGAGAAGACGAAGAGGAUAAUUAAGGAGGGUGUUUACUUAAUUAGCAUCGGAACCAAUGAUUACACGAAGCCUCUACUUAAUCCUGCUCUGUUUCAGUCCAUUUCCAUGGAAGAUUACGUGGGGAUGGUGAUUGGGAACAUCACCUCUGUGCUCAAGGGAAUAUAUGAGGUAGGAGGAAGAAAAUUUGCAAUGAUUGGAGUGGGGCAAUUUGGGUGUGCGCCAAGCAGGAGACGAUUGACCAGAAAUGGUUCUUGCUCAGGCGAAGCCAACAAGAUCGCACAGCUUCACAACGUUGCUCUUACUUCAAUUCUUGCAAAAUUGGAAACGCAACUCCAAGGAUUCGAAUACACCUACUUCGACUUCUACACUUCAUUAAGUGAGAGAAUCCAAUACCCAUCAAAAUACGGUUUUAAGGAAGCAAAAAGUGCGUGUUGUGGUUCGGGUCCUUAUAGGGCAAAUUCGACUUGUGGAGGCCAAAGAGGAGUGAAGGAAUAUUCAUUAUGCCGUCAUCCUGAGAAGUACGUGUUCUUUGAUUCUGGCCAUCCAAGUGAGAGGGCUAACCGACAAUUUGCACAGUUGAUGUGGAAUGGGAGUGCGAGUGUAGUCAGACCUCGCAACCUGAAGGAAUUGUUCAAGCAUGAGGGUACUUGAAAUUUUACUUUGUUCCUUGAAAUUGUAGGUAAAGAAUCACAUCCCACUUGAACGUCAUAUUAUGAAUAAUGAGGGAUGAUGUUGGAUUGACUAUAUGGUUGCACUUCUGUUAAAGAACAAGGAUGUUCAAAUGAGCCCUAGUAUUGCUGAACGUCAACAAAACUUGAAUUCCUUAAAUGUUUCAGGAUAAGUUCGAAUAAAUGAGAUUCAUUAUCGCUUUGGUUC